UGGGCUGAGCCUAACCUCUUCUUCUGUUCCCGUUCCACCCUGUGGCACAAUUCCAACAUCCGCCGCCCACGCCUGCUCUCCGGCCGCCGCCACCGCCGAAACGCUUUCUCUGUCCUCCAUCAUGUCCCGCUCGUCCUCCCCCCUCUCCACCACUGACGCACCCGUCGCCGGCGUCGUCCAGGUCCAGCCUCCUCCUCCUCCGCGUGAAAGUGAAAGUGAAGCCCCUCCUCUCUUGCCGCAGAUUUCAAGGAUGUGGCUGUUGGAGCUCAAGCUGCAGGAGGAGCGGCUUAACCGCGGGAGGAGAACAGGGUACGGCGGGAGGAGCUCAAGCGUGCCCGGCUGCUGCUGGAGGAGAGCAUGUACUGGAGGAGGAGGAACUCAAGCGCGCUCAGCUGCUGCAGGCGGAGGAGAAGAGGGUGCUGCAGCUCAAGCACGCCCAGCUGCAGGAGGCCAAGCUCAAGUCGGUGAAGGCGCUGGAGUCCGUUACAAGGUCGAUAGGCAAGAUUAAGUCCUCUGCAUUGUCGUUGAUUCAUUGUGCUUAAACAUCACAUGGUCCCGUUGACUUUGAGAUUCAACCAACAACUAAAUAAAAUAAAACUAGUAACUGAUGAGGCACGGCCCGAGGAUGAAUGAAGACGGGAAAUCAGGUCUUUCUUGGUACCAGCAGGAGU